AUGGUCUGGCUGCCAUCUGUAUGCGUGCUUCUAUGCGGGGCGACUGCGAGUGCUCUUUCCACACGAGGGUCCCGCACCUUCUGCGCCGACCAGCAGUGCCUACCUCCGAACGAGUGUGUCCGCCUGGGACACAUCUCGGUGUGCGUGCGCCACCCACCGCCCACGUGCUCGGACACCACCUGCCCGGUCGGCCUCGAGUGUAUCCUACAGCAGGAUGUGUGCCUUUCGCGGCCCUGCCACCCCAAGCCGAAAUGCGUCAAAGACAAUCCGUGUGGAAUAUGCAUAGCUCCGACGGAGUUCUGUGAGCUGCUGCCCACCCCGGUCUGCCGCUUCGUACUAGAGAAGACCUGCUCAAACAAGAUCUGCGGGCCCGGCGAGAAGUGUGUGGAGGAGCCGCUGACGUGCGUGCGCGCGCCCUGCCCGGUGGAACUGGUCUGUGAGCCGGCCAGAAAGCGGCCCCACGCCCACGGCGGCCCGGCGCGGCGGCCUGCCGCCAGGCCAGGCCAGGCCGGAUCCCGCGGCCCCGGUGGACCUGGUGGAUCGGUCGGACCCGGCGGAUCGGUCGGACCCGGCGGAUCGGUCGGACCUGGAGGGUCGGGUGCUUUGGGUGGAUUCGCAGGGCCAGGCGGAUUGUUCGGAUCUGGAGCGUUAGGCUCUGGUGGCAGAGGGGGACAUAGGCCUGCGGGCACCCCAGGCCGAAAUGAAAUUGGGGAUUCGAACUCACAAGGCAAUGGAGAUCAUGAUGAUGAUGAUGAUGACAGCGACAGUGAUGAUGAUGAUGAUGCUGGCGAUGAACACGGGGGCGACUAACCAAAGUUAAGAGCUCAGCCAGUCUGAGGCAUAUGUAUUAUCCAUGCAUGAAUAAUCGAAAUCAUCACCAUCAAUUUGAGUUUAAUUUAUCAGCCAUAACUGUCGGUGCAGCGCCUUCACGCAUGUUGCUGUGCAGCAAAACUGAUCAUCUCAGGCGCCGUCCAUCCGCAACGAUAAACAUAUCUUGCACGAAGAACACCGGACAUCCGAAGAUUGAAUAAAGCAAGGGCGAGCGCGCCACAAGCGACGACCAGCGAUAUUGUAUCGAAUAUGCGUUGCAAAUCAUUGAAAACAGCCUGUGGUACUGAAAAGCCUCUGGCCGGAUCAGAGCGCCGUUCCGUACAUGCAGAUAUGAACCUGAACCACAUCAGUAGCUUGCACGGCUCCAAGCGUUGUUUGUUGUUUGAAAUGGUUAGCUGUGACAGUGCAUCUCGAUGUUGUCUCUGAAAGAAUAUAUAUGAACGUGUGUCGCCCAGUCCCGU